AAGCAGCCCGCCGGCGCGGCCUUUCACGACGCCAGGGUGAAAGGCCGUGGAAACACCGGGACUUCCUUCCCGCAGCCGGGCGGAACCCUGCGCGAUGUUCGGUGCGGGCGACGAGGACGACACUGAUUUUCUCUCGCCCAGUGGCGGUGCCAGAUUGGCUUCUCUUUUUGGAUUGGAUCAGGCAGCCGCUGGCCAUGGAAAUGAAUUCUUCCAGUACACAGCCCCAAAGCAGCCUAAAAAAGGCCAGGGAACAGCACCAUCAGGUAAGUUAAGAGGAAAUCAGGCUACACCGAAAACCACACCCACCACAACAGGCACUUCCACAGUACUGGUUGCAACAGCAGUCCAUGCUUAUCGAUACACAAAUGGUCAAUAUUUAAAGCAGGGCAAGUUUGGUGCUGCAGUCCUGGGGAAUCACACAGCCAGAGAGUAUCGGAUUCUUCUCUAUAUCAGUCAACAACAGCCAGUUACUGUUGCCAAGAUUCAUCUGAACUUUGAACUAAUGGUUCGGCCCAAUAACUAUAGCACCUUUUAUGAUGACCAGAGACAGAACUGGUCCAUUAUGUUUGAGUCAGAAAAGGCCGCUGUGGAAUUCAAUAAACAGGUAUGCAUUGCCAAGUGUAACAGCACUCCUUCCCUGGACGUAGUGCUCUCACAGGACCUCAUUGUAACAGAAGGCCCUGCUGUCGAAGUUGGAGAUUCUUUGGAAGUAGCUUAUACCAGCUGGUUCCUUCAGAAUCACGUGCUGGGCCAGGUUUUUGAUUCUACUGCUAACAAAGAUAAGUUGCUUCGUCUGAAAUUAGGAUCAGGAAAAGUCAUCAAGGGCUGGGAGGAUGGAAUGCUAGGCAUGAAAAAAGGAGGGAAGCGGCUGCUUAUCAUCCCUCCAGCCUGUGCUGUUGGCUCUGAGGGAGUAAUAGGAUGGACUCCAUCAACAGACUCAGUCCUGGUGUUUGAGGUGGAGAUUAAGCGGGUGAAGUUAACUAAAGAGUGUGCCUCUGAAGGACACAGUGUCAGUUCCCAGAAUUCUGCGGCCCCUUCUCCGGUCCCUAGUGCUGACGGCCUCUCUGCUGAUCCUGCUGUGUCACCUUCCACAUCGGUGCCUUUUAAAUCAGGCGAGCCAGCUCUUCGUACCAAAUCUAAUUCCCUCAGUGAACAGCUUACAGUAAGUACAAAUCCUGACACAGUCAAGGCCAAGUUGAUCUCUCGGAUGGCCAAAAUGGGUCAGCCCAUGUUACCCAUUCUCCCACCACAGCUGGAUUCCAAUGAUUCAGAAACUGAAGAUAUGAAUGCUCUUCGAGGAGCCGGGCAGCCCCUAGCUACUCCGUCUCUCCAGCCCUCUCUUCAGCCAGUCCAUCCAGUUUUACCACAGAUGACUUCACAAGCACCUCAGCCACCUGUUUCUGGGCUCCAAACACCCUCUGCUGCCUUAAUGGCCAUCGCACCUCUCGAUUCCCACCCAGCUGUAUCUGGAAAUACCCAGUCCUUUCAGCCCUAUGCAGGUUUGCCAGCUUAUGCUUAUCCCCAGGCAUCUGCAGUCACCUCGCAGCUGCAGCCCGUGCGGCCCUUGUACCCUGCGUCUCUCUCUCAGGCACCUCAUUUUCAAGGAUCUGGUGACAUGGCUUCAUUUCUCAUGACUGAAGCCCGGCAACAUAACACUGAAAUUCGAAUGGCAGUAAGCAAAGUGGCUGAUAAAAUGGAUCAUCUCAUGACUAAGGUUGACGAGUUACAGAAGCACAGUACUGGCAAUUCCCUGCUCAUUCCUAGCAUGUCAGUUACCAUGGAAACAAGCAUGAUUAUGAGCAACAUCCAGCGAAUUAUUCAGGAAAAUGAAAGAUUAAAGCAAGAAAUCCUUGAGAAGAGCAGUCGGAUAGAAGAACAAAAUGACAAGAUUAGUGAACUAAUUGAACGAAAUCAGAGAUAUGUUGAGCAGAGCAACCUUAUGAUGGAGAAGAGGAACAACUCACUUCAAACAGCCACAGAAAACACACAGGCAAGAGUAUUGCAUGCUGAGCAAGAGAAGGCGAAGGUGACGGAAGAGUUAGCAGCAGCCACUGCACAAGUGUCUCAUCUGCAGCUGAAAAUGACAGCUCACCAGAGGAAAGAAACAGAGCUGCAGGUGCAGCUGACAGAGAGCUUGAAGGAGACAGACCUCGUCAGGGGCCAGCUCGCCAAACUGCAGGCAGAGGUCUCAGAGCUUCAGGAAACCUCUGAGCAAGCACAGUCCAAAUUCAAAAGUGAAAAGCAAAGCCGAAAACAGCUGGAACUCAAGGUGACAGCCCUGGAGGAGGAGCUGACUGACCUUCGGACCGAGAAGGAGUCUCUGGAAAAGAACCUUUCAGAACGGAAAAAGAAGUCAGCGCAGGAGCGCUGCCAGGCUGAGGAGGAGAUAGAUGAGAUUCGUAAGUCACAUCAGGAGGAACUCGACAAGCUGCGACAGCUCUUGAAAAAGACUCGCGUGACCACAGACCAAGCAGCUGCAGAGCAGCUCUCGCUAGUGCAGGCAGAGCUGCAGACCCAGUGGGAAGCAAAAUGUGAGCAUCUGCUGGCCUCUGCCAAGGAUGAGCACUUGCAACAGUACCAGGAAGUGUGUGCCCAGAGGGAUGCCCAUCAACAGAAACUGCUCCAGCUUCAGACAAAGUGUUCAGCCCUCCAGGCCCAAGUCACAACCCUGACAGAGCAAAAUGAACAGCACAUCAAGCUCUUGGAGAAGAAAAAGUCCCAGGGAUCUGGGGUUGAAGCUGCUACUACUGACCCCUCAGAGAAGGUGAAGAAGAUCAUGAACCAGGUGUUUCAGUCCCUGCGGGGAGAGUUUGAGCUGGAGGAGUCUUAUGAUGGUAGGACGGUGCUGGGGACCAUCAUGAAUACAAUCAAGAUGGUGACUCUUCAGCUGUUAAACCAACGUGAUCAAGAGAAAGAAGAGGGUAGCAAUGAAGAGGAAGAAGAGAAGCAGUCUCCGAGACGCCCCCAGGAGCAGUCAGCCUCUGCCAAUUCUGGGCUGUCUCCCGUACCCCCAAAUGGGGAGAGGCAGGAGUCACCUGUGGUGCCAUCUGAGCAAGAAGUCAAAGAAACUGUGUCAUUGCCUCCUCAGACCCUCCCUUCUCCCCAGGUUGAUGUACACAGAAGGAAAGAGGAGCCCUCAGAAGCAGAGGUGCUCUCACAGACAAAAGAUGACCCACCUGAACUGGCUUGUGUCCUUUUACACAAAUUUCCAGGGCCCCCAGCUUCAAUUCCCCCUCAGCCUCCAGGCCCUGUAACCAUUGACUCUGAGUGUGAGGAGACUCUAGCUGCCAGCCCAGUGGCACCUAAGCCCGACAGCCCAUUGGGAAAUGCCUGUGAUGGGGAGCAAGAAAGUGCCACAAGACUCUCCUUGACUUCAGACCCCAACAGGGAGGACCCACAAGCCUUAGGACCAGAAAGUCCAGGAGGAGAGCCUCAGCCUCCAGAGCUCCAGGAAGACAAGGACGCCACUAGCUCUGCUGGUCCUUGCAAGGAGCUGUCGAGCACAGAGGUGGUGUCUACAGCUGCGGGAAUAAACCUUGGACCCAGCCACUGUUCUAGGCAUUCCAGUCUUUCUGGGGAUGAAGAGGAGGAGCUGUUUAAAGGGGCAACUCUGAAAGUCCCAAAGCCCAAAUCACUGCCUGAGGAGGAAGAUGAAGAUGAGGUGAGCAUGAAGGGACGCCCGCCCCCAGCACCCCUUUUUGGAGAUGAUGAUGAUGACGAUGACAUUGACUGGCUGGGAUGAAGACCCAGGAAACUGGUGCAGAGGUUUCUCUACCAACCUUGCUUAAACAUGAUUUUGCACAGCAAUCACUGGGUCUAGGAAGCCAUGGGGUGAGGUGAAGGUGAGCACUGAGGACAGCAUUUCAGAGAUAUUGAGUUAGCCACCUUCUGAACCCUGGCCUGGCCUGGCAAAGAGGAGCAUGAGCCUCUCCAGAAUGCCGGGGUUGUCAGCAGCCAACCAUGGACUUGCCACAGGCACAUUUGGGAGGAAGGGCGGGUAGAUUCUCCAGUCGGUCACCUACAAGUCACUUGUCCUCAUCCAUGCUUUUUCUUCUGUUCACUAACUCUCAGACUCAUCUGGGGAGCCCUCUGCCUCCCAGUGUUCACCUGUCCAAACAUCAGGACCUGUUAGCUGGGGUGAGGUCUCCAUGUAGAACCAAGGGUGGGUACACCACCUAAACCCCAGUGCUGUAGCAGUCCUGGGACAUGUAAUUUUCUCUGCCUUAAAUCUGAUACAAAAGGUCAAUAUUUGAAACUAACAAAAUUAAAAUAAAUGUCUGCAAUGAAACUGGACUCAAGCUCAUGGGGGGCAAACUGUACUUGCUUCUAAGGGCUGUUUGUGCUUCUCUCUGGGAAGCUAAGGGCAGGAACUGGAACUAUUCAGGUCAGUUAAUAUGUACGAAAGCACUUUGGUACCUAACCCUGGAACUUUCAGGCUAAGUCUCCAGCUCAUCCUAGUACCUCAAGGCUGCAGGCCUUGUGGUCAUCUGAGGACCUGCUCCUGGCUGGCUUGCUCCUAUACCCUAGGAAGCCACGCAGAGAGGGUGGGGGGAUCCCCACCUUUCAUCAUCAUCCCUUAUGGCCCUGAGGGAUUUUCACCACUUCCAGAACACUUUCCAGUUCCUCUGAAGUCGGGGCCAGGACUAAAGAAGAGAACAAUAGUGAGACAGUAUUUGUGGUUAUUUUACUUACUCCAGGAUCUUCCAAAGACCAUACAACCAGUUUUUAAAAAGCAGAAUAAUUUUAAUAGAAAUGUUUCCUGAUUUAAAUGUGCAUAAGCUAGGAACCCAGAGUCCAUGUCAUCUGACCAGCCGUCGUCUGGCUUGCUGGUGGCUUUGAGCCCAUUUCCCAUAAGGGGGCAGGGAGGCAGUAAUACCAUUUAUUAAACUUUGUGUUUAACUAAUAGACACUUCAGUUCAGCACUUUAUGGACCGUUUCAUCUCCAGGAACCCUUUGCAGAAGACCCGAUUAUCCCCAUCUUACAGAAGAGAAACUGAGGCUUAGAGAAGUCAAGUAACAUGUCCAAGGUUACAUGGCUAGUAAGCAACAGAACAAGAACCCCAGUCCUGACCAUGAUACCCCAUUCUGGGCAGAAGCCCAGAGGCCACCCUGCCUAUUCCUUCGCCUGACUGACCAUCAUCACUGGGCUGGGGGUUAGGGAGGUAGGGAAGGAACCAGGUUUCCCCAGCUCUGCCCCAGAAUCCCUGAACAAUGACUGCCCUAUUAUGGUAAAACACAUAGAGCACAGGCCUCUUGGGCUCCACAAUCUGUGUUCACAACCUGCUCCACUGGCCACUGUGUGGCUUAGCCAGUUACCCUAACUCUCAGCCACACCCCCUCACCUGAGUUGGUAAGAGCAGACAUGGGACUACUUGUUAUCUGGGUGACUAUUUCUGUGCCUCAGCCUCUUCACCCUUAAGGCAAUGACAGCAACAGUUUCUACCUUGUGAGGAUUCAAUGAGCUAAUAUUGUAAAGUGCUUAGAACACUGCCCGGCAUGUAGUGAGCACUAUGUAGGUGUUAAAAA